AUGUCAAGUAAAAAAAAGAAAAGAUUUGAAAAAUAUCUUGAGAAAAAAUUGAAAAAAGAAGAAAGAGUGGAUUUAUUUGAGAAGCUCUCAAAAUCAUCUUAUUCUUCAAAUUUAAUGAAAUCAAGUAAAGAUCUGGGAAGAAAGAAAGAAACCAGGAAAGAAAAGCUUGCCUUAAAAUAUGGUAAACAUGGUAUAGAUGAGGAAGAAUCGAUAUCACCACCAUUUAAAAAAAAACAUAAAAGCAUUAAUAGUGCAACUGUAGACAUGGUUGGAGAAAAAAGUAAAAAUGCUAUUAAUGAAUUCAAAACUACUGUUAACCAGAUUGAAGAAAUACAGGCUGCAAAGUUGGAAAAUAUUAAUAACACAACUACAGACGCUGAAGAAAUACAGGCUACAAGAUUGAAAAAUAUUAAUCAUGCAACUGCAUACAUGGCUGAAGAAAGAAAUAAACAUACCAAUAACAACAAAUCAAAAACUUCUGUUAAAAAGACUGAGAAUAUUAAUAAUGAAACUACAGACAUGGCCGAAGAAAAUAAUAAAGAUCUUGUUAAAAAGGCAUUUUAUAUCCCAGUUGAAAGGUCUGAAGAGAUCCAGACUGCGAGGAUGGAGUUACCCAUUUGUGGAGAAGAACAAAUAAUAAUGGAAACAAUAAGUCAAAACUCAGUAGUAAUAAUAUGCGGUGAAACAGGUUCAGGAAAAACAACCCAAAUACCACAAUUUUUAUAUGAGGCUGGUUACGGAAACAAGAAUAGUGAUAAUCCUGGAAUUAUAGGAAUCACCCAACCCCGUCGUGUUGCUGCAAUUAGUAUGUCAAAACGUGUAGCAUAUGAGUUAUCAUUGAGUGAUCAAGAAGUAUCUUAUCAGAUUCGUUAUGAUGCGACAGUUUCGCCUAAAACUCCUUUAAAGAUUAUAAUUAUGUCAGCUACUUUAAGAAUUUCUGAUUUUACUGAAAAUAAAACGCUUUUCAAAAUACCACCACCUAUAAUAAAUGUCAAUACAAGACAAUACCCAGUAUGUUUUUGA